UGUGCGUGCGUGUGUGUGUGCAGCUCUGGUGGCUCUGCUGCGUGACGGAGAGAGUCUGGAGGAUCUGAUGAAACUUUCCCCCGAGGAGCUGCUGCUGCGUUGGGCCAACUAUCACCUGGAGGAGGCCGGCUGCACCAAAAUCAACAACUUCAGCUCCGACAUCAAGGACUCCAAGGCGUACUACAACCUGCUGAACCAGGUGGCCCCCAAAGGAGACGAGGAGGGCGUCCCCCCGAUCGCCAUCGACAUAUCAGGACUGCGGGUGAGACACUCGCACGUCGCCGGCAGUCACAUCGUCGGCCGACGCACCGUAUAAACUGAUGCAGCCAAAACAU